AUGCUGGAGUUCCAGUCGGCAGGUCUUUCUUGGCAGCCGCUGAUAAUGAGAUGGACGGUUGACUUGGUCCGGCUGUCUCCUGCAUCCCUCCCCACAACCUCUGAGCGUUCCCUCCCAGGGACCUCCGAGAGAUCUGAUGGUGAUGAAUUGGAAGGGAAGAACAAAGGGGAUCACAACAGAAUCCACAUAGUGGAGAAGUCAAAUAAAUAUUCUGGGUGUGGAGAGAACAUCCGUCAGAGCUCCCAGUCCACCUCCCAUCAAGGACACAGCUUCAUUCGGAGGCAUAGCCUUACUUCACACGAAAGAACUCACAGUGGAGAGAAAUUGCAUCAGUGCUUGGAAUGUGGAAAGGGCUUCAGUCGGAAGGAUGCUCUCACUUCCCAUCGAAGAAUUCAUACAGGGGAGAAACCCUAUCAAUGCUUGGAAUGUAGAAAGAGCUUCAGUCGGAAGGAUACUCUCACUUCCCAUCACAGAAUUCAUACAGGAGAGAAACCCUAUCCGUGCUUGGAAUGCGGAAAGAACUUCAGUCAGAAGAGCCGUCUGACAACCCAUCACAGAAUUCAUACCGGGGAGAAACCCUAUAAGUGCUUGGAAUGUGGAAAGAGAUUCGGACAGAACUCAGAGCUCACUUCCCAUCACAGAAUUCAUACCGGGGAGAAACCCUAUCAGUGCUUGGAAUGUGGAAAGACCUUCAGUCAGAGCGACUCUCUCACUUCCCAUCAAAGAAUUCAUACAGGGGAGAAACCCUAUCAGUGCUUGGAAUGUGGAAAGACCUUCAGUCGGAGUGACUCUCUCACUUCCCAUCAAAGAAUUCAUACAGGAGAGAAACCCUAUCCGUGCUUGGAAUGCGGAAAGAACUUCAGUCAGAAGAGCCAUCUGACAACCCAUCAAAGAUUUCAUACAGGGGAGAAACCCUAUCAGUGCUUGGAAUGUGGAGAGAGCUUUCGUGAGAGUCGAUUACUCGUUUCCCAUCGAAGAAUUCAUACAGGGGAGAAACCUUUUCAGUGCUAUGAAUGUGGAAAGAGCUUCACUCGGAGGGCCAAUCUCAUUUCCCAUCAAAGCAUUCAUACAGGGGAGAAACCUUUUCAGUGCUAUGAAUGUGGAAAGAGCUUCACUCGGAGGGCCAAUCUCAUUUCCCAUCAAAGCAUUCAUACAGGGGAGAAACCUUUUCAGUGCUAUGAAUGUGGAAAGAGCUUCACUCGGAGGGCCAAUCUCAUUUCCCAUCAAAGCAUUCAUACAGGUCAGAAACCAUAUAAAUGCUUCGAAUGUGGAAAGAGCUUCAGUCACAACAACAGUUUCAAUAUGCAUCAAAGAAUUCAUACAGGUGAGAAACCCUAUCAGUGCCAGGAAUGUGGAAAGAGCUUUCGUUACAGGGGAAAACUCGCUGUUCAUCGAAGAAUUCAUACAGGUGAGAAACCCUAUCAGUGCCAGGAAUGUGGAAAUAGCUUUCGUGAGAGGGGAAAACUUGCUGUUCAUCAAAGAAUUCAUACAGGGGAGAAACCCUAUAAAUGCUUGGAAUGUAGAAAGAGCUUCAGUCGAAAGGAUGCUCUCACUUCCCAUCAAAGAAUUCAUAAAGGGGAGAAACCCUAACCGUGCUUGGAAUGUUUAAAGAACUAAUAAUAAUAACAACAGAUACUGGUAGGUAGCUGUGUUGGUCUGCCUUAAUCAAAACAAAAUUUUAAAAUUCUU